AUGAUGAAGGAAGUGAGCUCAAGCCACCUCUACCGGGAAUGGCAAAGGCUUUUCUUUGCUCAUCACCGUUCUGGAGGAACUUUGGACAACUUCUCCACAGUGACCUUCUUGAGAGAGGUUUGCGAUGUAGUUCCUUUGUCAGAGCUUGCGGCCAAAGAAGCUGCUGCGGCAGAGCUGCAUGAGGAAACCUCCCUGCUGGAGAUAAGGCUUCGGAAUAUUGAGGAAACUGAACUCCAAGCAGCUGCCCAAGCUGCAGAAGAGUCUGCAAAAGGGCGAAUGCUUCGAGCAGAGCUGCAGGAACAGCAGGCGGUGAAUGCUGGCUGGCGCUCUGGGCGCCUGCAAGACAGUGUCUACAAGCUGAAGCUCCGUGAAGAGCAGGAGGGCUGGUUGGGGGCCGUCGCUCUUAGGUUGGAGGCCAUCAAAGACAGUUGGACGGUCCACUUCCAUCCGAUUUAUGGAGGCUUGAGCUUCAUAACAGUUUUAUGUUCAUUGCUCCAUUUUGGACUUGGUUCAUAG